GUGAAGAGAGUUGAAUGAUUGAACUUUUUCUGGCGGAGUUUGUGGCGCGCGGCAAGGCUCCGCCGGCGUCUCCCUCCGCUCUGUGCACUGAAGUGAAGCGGCGCGUCCCGCGGGCUGCUCGGGUGGGCUUCUUUCUCUCGCCUGCGGACGCACACACAAAGCCAUGCGACCUCAAGAGCCCGGCAUGCCCGUGACCCUUCUCCUCUGGAUUGCGGCUGCCUGGGGCUGCCUGCUGGGCGCUGCUGCCGCUGCGGGCGGCGGGGCUGGAGAGACGGCUGCAGGGGCUGCUCGCAGGCAGGAGGAGUCCUUGGCGACAGGCGUCUACGGAGCCAGAUGCGCCUCCAGGUGCCUCAGCUUGCAGAUUACGCGCAUCUCCGCCUUCUUCAAACAUUUCCAGAAUAAUGGAUCUUUGGUCUGGUGUCAGAAUCAUAAACAAUGUUCUAAGUGUCUGGAGCCUUGCAAAGAGUCCUGGGACCUGAAGAGAAAUCAUUGCCAAAGUUUCUGUGAGCCUCUUUUCCCCAAGAAGAACUAUGAAUGCCUAACUAGUUGUGAAUUCCUGAAAUAUAUCCUGUCGGUGAAGCAAGGAGACUGCCCAGCUCCUGAGAAGGCCAGUGGCUUUGCGGCUGCCUGUGUUGAAAGCUGUGAGGCUGACAGUGAAUGCUCUGGCGUGAAAAAAUGCUGCUCCAACGGAUGUGGACAUACAUGCCAAGUACCAAAAAAUCUGUACAAAGGUGUCCCUUUGAAACCCAGAAAGGAAUUGAAGUUUACUGAACUUCAGACUGGACAGUUAGAAGUUAAGUGGUCUUCGAAAUUCAAUAUUUCAAUUGAGCCUGUGCUCUAUGUAGUACAAAGGAGAUGGAACUACGGGAUUCAUCCCAGUGAGGAUGAUGCUACCAGUUGGCAAACUGUGGCACAGACCACAGAUGAAAGAAUACAAUUGUCUGACAUUAGGCCCAGCAGGUGGUACCAGUUUCGUGUGGCCGCCAUUAAUGUGCAUGGAACAAGAGGUUUCACAGCUCCCAGCAAACACUUCCGCUCUUCAAAAGACCCAUCAGCUCCUCCUGCCCCAUCCAAUCUCCGCAUUUCCAAUUCAACUGCAAACAGUGAUGGAACUGUUAGUGCAAGGAUUGUUUGGGAUCUCCCUGAUGAACCUGAUAUCCCAGUCCAUCACUACAAAGUGUUCUGGAGCUGGACUGUUAACAGCAAGUCUCUUGUUCCUGCUAAAAAGAAGAGAAGGAAGACAACAGAUGGGUCUCAGAAUUACGUAGUCUUGGAAGGACUCCAGCCCAACAGUAACUACAUGGUUGAACUUCAGGCAGUUACAUACUGGGGUCAAGUUCGCCUGAAAAGUGCCAAGGUUUCUCUUUACUUCAGUUCUACUCAGACAGCUGUUAAUAGCAAAGAACAUGUAUCUACAGUUAUGAAAGCAAAGAAUGGAUUAACUGAUGCUCUUCCAUCCUUCAAAGGAAGAAGACCCACUCGUCUUCUUGAAAUUGGAGUACCUUUCUAUCAAGAUGAAGAGCUUCAGGUGAAAGUUUAUUGGAAAAAGACAGAAGAUGCUGCCAGUAGGAGUAGAUACCAUGUCCAGUGGUUCCCAGAAUCUUGUACACACAAUGAAACAAAAGGGAUUGAAAAAUCCAGUGAUAUUACAUAUGAAAAUCAUAUAAUUCUUCAGAAUCUGUCAUUUUCAUGCAAAUACAAAGUUACAGUCCAGCCAGCAAGGUCCAAAGGCCGGUUGAAGGCUGAAAGUAUUUACUUUACUACGCCAUCUUGUUCUGAUCUUAAAGGAAAAAAGCACAAGCUUAUAAGUUGUCCUACUGAAGGAGAUUCAAUUGUCCCCAAAGUGUUGGCAAAACCCGAGAAUCUCUCUGCCUCUUUCAUUGUGCAGGACAUAAACAUUACUGGCCAUUUUUCCUGGAAAAUAUCCAAAGAAAAUCUUCAUCAACCCAUGACAGGAUUCCAGGUCACUUGGGCAGAGGUCACAACAGAAAGCAGACAAAACAGUUUGCCCAACAGUAUUAUUUCACAGUCACAAAUAUUGCCAGUAGAUCACUAUGUUCUGACUGUGCCCAAUCUGAGGCCAUCAACUCUUUACCGAUUGGAAGUCCAAGUGCUGACAACAAGUGGAGAAGGACCAGCGAUAAUCAAAUCGUUCCGAACACCUGAUUUACUGACAUCUCCACACAGACCACAUCUGAAACAGCACCAUCCACAUCACUACAAAUCACCACCUGAAAAGUAUUAAAAUUCAUUGGAUCAAUUAGCUGGAAAAAUUAUUAACUGAGCUCUUGCAAGAAGAUCAGAAAAAUGCUUAUACUGAAAUACAGAAUAACUAUACUUCUGGUGGACAGAUUGUUUAGAUACAUCUAUAUUAUGUGGACCGAAGCAAGCAUAUUUGUACUAAUGCCAGGCUGAAAUGUCAUGAAAGGAUCAACUGAGUGCAUAUAAAAAAGAUUCAUCAUGUGUGAAAAUAAAAGUAUAUUGAAUAUACUUCUUUGUCAUCAUAAAAUACAAUGUGUAACACUGACAAGUUUUUUUAAUCAAAUAUUUUUACACCUUUCUUUAUUCCAUUUUUAAACUUAAUAAUAUGAUUCAAGAUGUCAUAGUUAAAUUGUUAGCAGAUGAAAAAAUCAAAUAUGUCACAAGGUGCAGUAGCAGACAAAACCUGUAAUUAAUGAUGAAAUUGCCUAUAUUGAUAUUUUGGUUUUGUAAUAUCCAAAUCAAUGUAUGAUAGCAGAACAGAAGAAAUAACAGGUUUGUGAUCUUUUCCAAUAUUGGAAAAUGUCAAAAAUUUGGAAUUAUUGGUUUUUGCAUGUGGUGUUCACACCUGAAUGCAGAUUUCCCCAGAUAACAGUUGUAAAAAUUCAGUGCAUUGAUAGAAAAGUGGUUUAUAAGUAUAUUAAAGAAUGUGCUUUGGCUUAAGUGGAUUGUGGAUUAUGAUCUCAUAUCUUUAAAUGCCACUUAGACAAAUAUAUGAAAAGGAUUAUGAUGACAUUGAGUUCAAAGAUGCGGUUGAGUCAAGACUAACUGUUCUCCCUCCUUUAUUUAAUAACUAUCCAGUUAACUAAACAGUAGACAUUUGUGUAAAAUAUGCAUGGGGCACCCCAGCUGGUCAUGGCUUGCCUAUUCCUUUUUGAUGGGGAGGCAGCUUUGUAUGUACCAAAAGCACGCACAGGGUUUUUCCUUCAACAGAUGUCCCCACACAAGGAAGAGUUUAAUACGGAAUUGGUAACUGUAGUGCAUUUAGGGCUCGGAUCAGGAUGACAGACUUUGAAGUGCUCUUAAAUAUUGAAAUUUGUGUCAUUAGUGAUGUGAGUAACUCCUCUAAGACAAGCAGUACCUUAUUAUCCCAAGCAAUUCCACAUAUGUUCAGUAAUGCAGUACCCAGGGUUAGAUUCAGCCAUCUUUUCCACUCAGUCUUACCAAUGCUUGUCUUUGCUUUGGCCAUGUAAACCUAUAUGAUUUGCUACAUGCAGAUGUACGUAAUUCUCAGCAUAGCAUAUUUUGAGGCAAACUCUCUUUUCUGUUUCCUAGUAGAAAAAGUAAUUAGAUCCAACCAAUGGUUUUUCCCCCUUUCCAUUAUUUUAUGACCCACAUUUAACAUGGAUGACAGUUUCUGUUUAUCUAACAACAUUGUAUCCUAUAUAGUGAAUAGUAUGGUAACCAACAUUUGAAAGAUUUAGCUGUUCCGUCUUCCCAUCUUUAAUUGGUGAAUAGUAGGGUUGUACCGCUUUCCCAUGUUUAUGUGUUUCUCCAUAAUUUACAAAAGAGGCUUUUUCUGGAAAUUUUAAGUUGUUUAGAAAGAUCAGAGGAGAAUUAAACUAAACUUCUUUCUUAAAAAGAAAGAUCAUACUUCUAUUACAGCUUUGUAUUAGAGAUCAAGUAGAGAGUUAUUCCCUAAGCAUUUAUGAGAUUUGAGAACAACCAUUCCAUAACUGGUGCAUGGAAAUAUAGGUUAUUGUUGACUGAAAUGUAUGAAAUACCAUAAGGAUUUGACCAGCACAGAAAAAUAAUAUUUCAACUAAUAUCACUUGACAUGUCAGAUUUGAUCAUCACAGAAAAAUAAUAUUUCAACUAAUAUCACUUGACAUGUCAGAUGUUCUGUGGAAGAGAACAGUAGUGUGCAGGUGAAAGAGAUGUUAAAGGUUGUAUGCAUUCACAUAUCAACAAGUGCAUUUUUUCUUUUGUUACUGAUGAAACUGAAUAGAGAAGAAAUAGACUUCAUCUAACAUCUGUCUCGCUCUGGGAAUCAUUGAGGUGUUUUUAACUUGCAUGUUUACAAUUUGAUGAUGUACGCUGGUAAUAAAAAUGCCCACAGAUAGGACUUCACAUGUCUGACACAGUGGCAAUUAAUCAUGUUUUAAGAAAUCAAGAAGAAAAGGUAUAUGUAUGAACCAGCUGAUACAGAACCAGUUCAGAAACCCAGAGGCAAAUUUUCAUAUAUAUUCUGCGUUAUUUCCCUCCCUUUUUAUGAUAGGUAAAUGGAUGCUAAAAUUGUAUUAGAGUCGCUGAAGUAUGAAGUCUGUAUUGUUUGCACAUAAAUAGGGUUUGAGAAGAUUACAUGUCUUCAAUCAGAGCUCAAAAAUAUAGGACAGGGACCAGGUGGUUCCAUUCUGGUGUGCUAUCCCUUUAAAAAACAAGUGGUGCUUCUCUCAAAACUGUUGAGAUACUAACUUAUUUAUUUUUAAGUAUCCUUUUUUUGCCAAGUCUUCUUACAUCUGUUCAUCAAGAUCUGUGGAUGUGCAAGUUAAUAUGUCAUACACACCUGUGAGUUAUAAUCCAGGAAUAAGUCGUUGCAUGUUUUUUUUUAAAUUUCAAAACAUUAUUAAAAAAAAUAAUUAAUAGCAACAGAUGUUGAUGGAUCUAUAUGGUUUUGCAUGCCAGAACUCUUAGCUCAGUUAUAGGCAUGAAGUAUAUAACUGUAUCAUCUCUAUUGAAUAUAUUAGUAAAGUACAAUUUACAAAGUAAUUAACAGAGAUUCUAUAUGUAAAAAAAAUAUUUUUCCUUUCUAUGUAAUUAUAUUGUACUGUGGAGAUAACAGAACUGUUUAUCUGUUAACUAAAUUGGCUGUAGAAAUCAUGUUCUUAUAAUGGUCCAAUUUUUAAAAGUUCAUAUUUAUUUAUAUAUGUUCUACAGAAUAAGUUUGAUUUGUGUGUGUCAUGUUACUUAGAGAAUGAUUCUUGUAAAAAAUGUAAAAAUAUAUUGUAAAUAGUAUGCUGUUCAGUUUCUCCUUAUUUUCCUGUUUAGAUUUUGUACAGAUGUUUAACUAAUAAAUAACCCAUCUAUAUGGAAAUGUA